AUGCACCGUUUGUUGGCACAGAAAGGUUAUGCUUUCCCCGAGGUUAAAAGAGAAGAUGCGGCUGUUUUGAACCCAAGCGAUAACUUGAAGUCCAUCGACGAGAUCCAAAAGGAGGAGAGAGUCGCCCAAUCGGCCAAAUUGCAGGAAUUGAUCAGAAGGGGAAGACCUCAAGAUCUCCGUGAGGCUAACAAGCUAAUGAAGAUUAUGUCUGGAUUUCAAGACGACAAGGUUUUGGAGAACACCAAACAAAGAGUGGCAGAUGACAUUGAAAGGGUCAAGCGUAAGGCUGAAAUUUUCAACGAAAUGCUGACUACUGCCUCCAAUGCUGGUAGACUAGACCCCACUGAUGAGACAAUUGCUGAAUUAUACGCUUCUCUCAAGGUUGCGCAGCCAAAAAUCCAGACUAUCAUUCAGGAAGAGCAAGGGGAUGAGACUGCUGUCACCUCCAUGCUAGGCUUGAACGAUAUGAUCAACUCACUUCUUGAACGGUACAACUUCUUGAAGAAUGGUGAUCUGGCUAAUGCUUCCAAGGUGAAGGUUGGUGGUGGUGGGUUGAACUUGAUCGACUUUGAUGAUGAUGAGCCUUCGGAUUCUGCUGCUACUCCGAACGCAACUGGAGGAGCUUUCGAUCCUGUUGCCGACCUUCUCGGAGAGCUUGGAAGCUUGUCAUUUUCCAACAACACCAGCAACAGCAAUAACAAUGGUUCUUCGAGUUUGAACAACGACUUGCUGAAUUUUGGUGCCGGUGGUUCGAUUACUCUAUCUUCGCCUGGAAACACCCAGACGGCCUCUCCAAGAGAGCAAUCGCCCAAUAUCGAUUCUUUGUUCUCUUUGGGAGGGACUGCUACGACUGUCCAACCGGCUGUCCAAUCAGCUAUCCAACCGGCUGCUGCAACUCAGAACAAAGGCCUAGACCCUUUUUCGAUGGACUUCUCGUCGCUAUCCUCACCAUUUCCAGCUCCUCAGCAGGCUUCAAGACACUUCAUCAACCAAUCUGCUAACUUGAAGAUCGAGUUUCAGAUAUCCUCCACCACACCUCUCACUGCCAAAAUUUACUUCAGCUCUCUUGCUCUGGCCCCUAUUUCGAACCUACAGUUUCUAAUUGCGGUUCCAAAGUCAUAUGAGCUUACCUUGGCCCCUCAAUCAGGAAACUACUUGGCUCCAAUGACUUCAGAUGGUAUCACCCAAGAUAUCAAAGUCACCAAGAAGGUGAACGAUGGGGUUGCAUCCUCGGUCAAAAUCAAGUGGAAGUGUGAUUACACUGUCAAUGGCGCAAACCAGGCGGAAACCGGAGUGACGUUGUUGACUUCGAACUGA